AUGCGGAAUGAUGUCAAACUCCUCGAGCUGUCGCCGAUAGAUGCUCAUUUUCUACGUUACCGCCCAUCUGAUGCUGCUCAGAAUCACAGAAUCAACAAUUCGACCAAGUGGCUGCUAAUGAUGGAUCCAAGGAAUCGGGAAUCGAGACGAGGCUUACACUAA